AUGCCGGGCCGCCUGCUGCGGGGCCUGCUGCAGCGGUGGCGCCGUUACAAGUACCGCUUUGUACCCUGGAUCGCGCUGAACCUCAGCCACAAUCCCAGGACCCUCCGAUAUGUUCCAGAGGAAUCAAAAGACAAAGUUAUAUCAGAUGAAGAGGUCCUAGGACCAUUACUCAAAGUUUUCCAGGCUCUGUUCUUAAAUGAUUUCACUAGACAAUCAGAUAUCUUGACUGUGCUUCCAGAACCUGUUAAAUUGAAGUAUCAAGAUUUACUGGCAGUUCAGCGUCAAAGAGUGAAACUGCUUGAAAACAGACGUCAAGAACAAAGUGUCUUUAAACCAGAAGAAGUUAUUUAUAAGACUUUGGGUUUCGUUGUUGCCCGAGCAACUAGCUCAUUGAUUUCGGCUGGAAAAGGUGUCUUCGUUACUAAAGGAUUUGUACCUAAAGGCUCGGUUGUAUCUAUGUAUCCUGGUACAGUUUAUCAGAAGUAUGAGCCAAUCUUUUUCCAGUCCAUUGGAAAUUCAUUUAUUUUUAGAUGCCUGGAUGGGAUACUCAUUGAUGGAAAUGACAAAGGAAUUUCAAAAGUUGUGUACCGGUCCUGCAAUGGGAGGGACCAGCUUGGCCCUUUAAAAAUGAGUGAUACUACCUGGCUAACUGCAGAAAUGCAUAAUCCACUGGCCUUAGGACAGUAUGUCAACAAUUGUUCAAAUGACAGAGCAGCUAAUGUCUGCUAUCAGGAAUUCGAUGUGCCUGCAGUUUUUCCUGUGGAGCUGAAGCAAUACCUCCCAAACAUUCCCUACAGCUACGACAAACAAAGCCCACUUCGUUGUGUAGUUCUUAUUGCCCUCAGGGACAUCAAGCAAGGAGAAGAGCUGUUUUCAAAUUACUACACAAUUGUUAGCUAACUCUAUCAACCAGAAAGUAGGUUUUCUUACUCAGCUAUUGAGUUAAUUCUAAGUAUUUUUUAAAAAUGAUUUUUCUGAGUUCCAUCUUUAGAACACAUUCUUGGAGAAUUAACUGGAGUUGAAAUUCUUUGUUUUUAUUGAUAUCCUGUGUUUCAAUUCCCUGAUAAAAAAGCUGUUUGCUUCAUUGGAAUUUUGAAUUUGUAAUGCAGUUUUCAUUUUAAUUGACUUUUACCUAAAUACA